AUGGGUAUACUGAAGCCGAUUGCAAAAAAAUGGCACAUUGUUUCUAUUAUAAAAAAACCUCACUAUAGUGCUCUAUGUGACAUUAAGGUUCGAGAAGCCAAGCAACAAAAAGAUUCUUCCUCUGAAAGAAAGAAAGUUACAACAAAUAAUGGAAACAUUGCCAUUAACAAAAUAACAGAACUAAAGGAUAAAGAAGUCUUAUUUUUAUGUAAGGAAAUUAACGUAUUCAGUCCAGUAAGACCUGAACUCCAUGGAAGAGUUUCAGCACUUUUUGAUGUCGGCGCACAGUCAACCUUUAUAUCUCGGGAAUUAGCUGAUCGAUUAGAUCUAACAGAAAUCAAAGAAGAAGAAAGUAGUAUAUCCUCCUUUGGGUGA